GAUAUUUCGACUCUGACAAACUAGAGGGAGAAAAGCCUCAGAGCCACCCUGACCGCUCAUUGCAGGGAGACAGAAAAGGACGCUGGUGCUCCGCUUCCAACUAACCUCUAGACCUUCUGUUUUCGGCCAGCAGGAGCUCAGUCCCCUCCCAGAGAGAGAGAACCCAGGCGUCCUGCUACCCCUGUAGAAUUCCCCUUUUACCCCUCUCUCUGGCUUUCACUGGCACAGUUUCAUUCUACUUGUUUUCGCAGCUGCUUUCCAGCUUUCUCCUCUACUCUCUCCUAAUCCUCCUCUCUGACAGACUAGGUGACCCGGUUCCCAAAGGCCUCUGUUGUAAAGCCCCAGACCUCUCGAGGAGCUUUCUCUUCCCCAAUAUCCUAAACCUGAUUUCAAAUGAAUUCUGAGGGGCUGACGGCCCCACCCCUUCCCCCCAACCCCGAAAAUCCUGCUCCCAGCUUAGGCACCCGCCUGCCCCGUCCUUUCCUCCACAGUCUCCGGACUCUCUUUGAAAUCCUGGAUGACCAGAGGAGCGGGACCAUCCACGUCUCCGAAAUCGAGAGCCGUUGGGGUCGUGGUGGCUCUGGAGUGAGACCCCAAGGAGACCAAGAAAGAGCCCAGCUUCCUUCCGGCGUUCUCCAGGCCCUCCAGCAAGUGGCAGAACCGUGCGGGGGGUAUUUAAGUUUCCCCCGCCUAGUGGCCGGGCUAAGAAUUGCCCUCCUCCGAGCUGAAGAAGAAGAGGAUCGCGCCGAAGCGGAGAAAGCAGGAGAAAGCGCUCGAGCUGAGCAGGCUGAGGGCGGACAGAGCGCAUCCCAGUCCAUGAAGAACUUGAGUCGGAUACGAGAAUCGGAUGGGAAAAGCAUCACACGUUCCCGUAGCAUCAACAGUUCCCUGUGCCAAGCUGGGCGACGCCGGAGCCUACGUCUCCCGAAGGAGCCACGCAGGCACACCAUUUCUAACGCUCUGGAAUAUGACAUG